AUCGUGCCGCACCGAAAAGCAGUGUCCGCGCGCGUCCCGUGUGUGCGGCGCAUUUUAAAUUUAGAUCGACGUUCGCACGGAUCGACGACAGCGUCGAAUGAGUUGCAUAGUUGGAUCCGCGCACUUCAUAACGGAUUAAUUACGUUCCUUCGCUGUGACCAAACUAAUUCGCGUACGCAUUCAACUCACUUUUAAUCUCUGUUUUAACACGCGACAUUCUUAAUUUAAUUAAAUGUGUGCCGACGAAUUGUGAUAGCCAAGACGUUCUUCAUAGCUCCUAGAACAAAGCCCAUUUCUGCAAAAUACAAGGAUUAUAAACGAUUUAAAUAAAUCGACGGAGCACCGGGUGCAAGUGAUAAACGAAAAUGUUGAACGUUUUUGAAAUGGUCAUCUAUGGAGAUGGAAGGCAUGGUGGACGAAAAUGGAUCUGUUGAUCCCUUAGCUCCAUCGCCGGAGCCUCCAGUGAUAUCAUCGGUAGGAAUUACAACGCAGUCACAACUGGUGGCAGCAACAAAUAUUGUACAUCUAACGUUGCCAACUAAUGAUCAUGCCCAAGCACAGGUACAGAGUGUUAUACAGCCCAAUCAACAGUCUGUUAUACAAACUGCAGCUAACAUCCAGCCACUUGUUGGAAAAGGAAAUGUAAUUUUGGUUAGCAAACCGAAUUCAGUGAUACAAACAGCACAGGGCAGUAUACAUGCAUUACAAGUGGUGGAUCCCAAUAGUGAUGAUAGCUAUUCAGAUGAUGAGUCCCCGAAAAAACGACGUGACCUGCUGACGCGGCGACCCUCCUACCGGAAAAUACUCAACGAUCUUGGCGGGGGUGAGAUAGCUGAACCUAAAGUCGAGCAGACUUCCUCUGAGGGCGACAGUGAGUUAUCAUCUCACUCUAUCCCAUACCACACAGGUCAGUUUGCCAGUACCAAUAUGUUAUCAAUGUAUCAACAAAUCUCUUCCAUGGAACAAAUAAUACCGGCAGGUACGAUACAAAUUUCAAGUGGGGAGGGCGGCCAAAGUAUUCAUACACUGACAAUGACGAAUCCCGGGGCAGGAGGUGCAAUUGUUCAAUACGCACAAGGACAGGAGUUCUUUGUGCCUGUGGGCACACAAAGCGUUACAAUUACUGGAGGCGGUGGCGAGGACCAAACACGAAAGCGCGAAAUGCGACUAUUAAAAAACAGGGAGGCUGCACGCGAGUGUCGACGGAAAAAGAAGGAAUAUAUCAAAUGUUUGGAGAAUCGUGUCGCGGUGCUUGAAAACCAAAACAAAGCAUUGAUAGAUGAAUUAAAGACAUUGAAAGAACUCUAUUGUCAACAAAAACAAGAUUGAAAAGCGCGCUAUGCGCGUGAUUUUUGGUCGCGGGUUUUGGAUAUACUGAUGGGUUUAAGUAACCUCCGAAUAAUCUCAUGUAGAUUUAAAAAGUGAUGAUGCAACGCAGCGUUUCGAUGUGAACGCAGUUGCUAUUUUAGUUGGUUUUAACUUAAUUUUAUAUACGCCUGGUAUAUAAGUAAUUGGUUCAACCGAAGGUUAUUUGUUAGUCCCCAGGGUAUUCUGUUUUUGAUCCUCUCAAACUGAUUUCUCUCGCCUUUAAUGAAUAUGUCUGCUCAAAGGAGCACUGAAAGUAUUUUUCUGCUUUGAAACUAAUUGAAGUGUUUAUCAUUGGGCAAAUCAACGAUUACUAAUCCCGUCACAAUCGGGGUAUGUAUUGUAAAUUAUGUACUAUAAAUUAUUUUUAUUGUAAAGCGUAUAAAGAAAAGGCUUGUGAGAGAAAAUUAAAAUAUAUAAGCCAAGUUUAAAAUGUACAUAUAAUUAGCGCGGUGUAGAGUGUAAUUUGGUUUUGUUAUAUAGUUUGACUAGUGCGAUGCAGUUGUAAGACAAUUUGUGACGUGAUGAUGUCCGGACCUGAUAGCGAGUGCCUUGAUAUUCUUGACCCUGAAUUAGCAGAAAGCUUCAUUGCCGAGUAUGAAUUUUAAAGUCUUAACGAAACAUUCAAUUACGAUAAUUAAAGUGUAAUAUUAUCUGGUCGGUGCCAUAAUAAUUCUGUUACAAUUUACGAACUGUGGAAAAUAUCUUAGAGCGUUACCGGCCAUAUGUAUAUGUAAAUAACGUAUUUGAAAAUCAAACGUUAUAUUGUAAGUGGAGAGAAACAAAAAAUCCUCGAAUUUUCUACAAGAUAUAUUUUGAUAAUUCGCAACGAGCAUGUAAGUUAAAACACAUAUUAUGUGUUAAAAGUAAUCGAUCUAAGUCAACAAAUGUAAAUAUUUAAUGUAUACAGAUCAUAUUACUAAAAUUCAGUAAUUGUAUUUUUACACGACAAGCAUAUCAAACAGAAAUAAUUUCGGAUUCAUGUUGAGCAUGCAAUCACAAAAACAGUAAUUUACAUAUUUGAAGCAUUUGAAUUUUAUCAGAACAUUACAUACAGUUUCGAAUAAUUUCACAAUAUAUGUUCAUCUAAUAAGAUGAUAUUAUUUUAAAAUUGGAGCAACUGAUGCCUUGUUGUUUGUAGGGAUAUAAAUCUCGAAACAUACACAUGAAAAAUACUUAAUUAUUAUGUAUUGAUUAUAUUUUCAUUACUUUUUCUGUAUAUAGAAACAUACAAUAAUUCGAAUUAGUUGUCAAGAUUUAUUUGUUGUUGUACAUGUUUCAGGGUUUAUAUUGUUGUUUGCUAUCUCAGUAGUCUUUAUAAAAUGUAGAUGAAAUUUGUAAAUAAGAUUCAAAUAUAAUAGAUGUUAUAUUAAUA